CAACAUCCAACCAAGCUCUCUGCUGUGGAGCGAGCGUCACCCCUCCACCACCACCACCACCAACCCUCUCCAGAAACCAAAUCAGCACUCCAUCGCUGCAUGCAAGAAUAACUUGUCACAGGCCCGGCUACCUGCACCCAAUGGACUACUCAGCUUUCAACUCCGGCUUCGCUGAUCCCGAAGAGGAGUCUCCGUUUGCGAACCCGCACAGCACUGCUGCCCCCCACCAUCACUCUGCGCUUGCCUCUCCGUCCUUCGCUGACGACGGCCACGAACCAAACUACCCCGCCUAUUCCCCCGCUCUUGGCACUCCGCAACAUGCCAUAUUCGGGCAUGUCACCGACCCCGAAGACGGUUUCGGGGUUCCGUCGGCAUUCACGGAAGCCGAGUCGCCACGGAUAGAUCGCCCAAAGUACGACGAAGAACAACGGCAAGCUUCGGAGAGCAACGGUAGUCAUCCUGGAGAUUCGGACCGCGCCGAGUCCCAAAAUCAGCAGCAGCAACAACCUCAGCAUCAGCAGCCGGCAAGAUACAAAUCACACCCUCAGCAGCUGCAGCGGCCCCAAGCGCAAUAUCACCUACAAGCAAAAGUCACCGGUCUUGAGCGAUCCGGCAGAAAGGACCCUAUUCUUAAGUUCGAUGUGCACACCAACCUUCCAAAGUUCCGCACUACACAGUUUCGCGAUGUCCGCCGUACGCACCCUGAGUUCCAGAAACUAGCACACCACCUGCUCUCGUCCAAUCCCGAAUGCAUUGUCCCUGCCGUGCCGCCGCCCUCGACCUCUGCCGGCGUGGGUACAGACGAAGACGAGACGCGCGUACGCGGGUACAUGCAACGCUGGCUAAACACGGUCUGUUCUAACGAUGUCCUCAUCCGGGAUGAAGAGAUGGUGUUUUUCGUCGAGUCAGACUUUGGCUACUCUCCAGUGGUACGUCGGAAACAGCCGGCCACAGGUGUACGCAGAAAGGUGAUCAAGCAAUUCGCACCGCCGCCCGACGACACUCCCGAGUUGGAGCGUGCCCGGCCCAUCGUCAAAGCCUUCUACCUGGGGACCAUGGAAACCGGCCAGAAAGUCAACGCAGUAGUCAAAGCCCGGCGGGGAUUAGGCCUCGCCGAAUCCGCGCUCGGCAACACACUCGCGCUUCUGGCCCAGACUGAGGCCCACCCAGGCAUGUCUAAUGCCUUCCGCAAACUCGGCCGCACGAUCCAGAGCGCUGGCGACUUCCACGCAGCCCAAGCCACCGCGGAAGCAACUACCUUCGCCGACCCCCUCAAUUACCACUCCUCUGAUGCCUUCAUCGUCAAAGAAACCCUGACCAACCGGCAAAUUCUCAUGCGCGAGCUCGAAAGCGCACGGAAGGACACCCGCAGCCGCCUCCAGACCGCCGAGGUACUUAAAAGCAAGGGCUCUAUCCGCCGCGACAAGGUCGACGAAGCGCUACAAGCCCUCGACGAGGCCAAACACACCGAGGCCCAUCUCGAGAGCAAGGUCCGACGUGUCACCGCUAACCUCGUCCAAGAGCGCCGGAAAUGGUUCUCCCGCACCACCCGCGAUAUGCGUGCCGCCAUCCGCGACCACUGUCUUCGACAGAUCGAGGCAGAGCGCCGCACCCUCGCCACCCUCGAGAGCGUCCGCCCGGAUAUCCGCGCUAUCGACUCUAGCGGCGGACUCAGCCGUCUCGGCCGUGAUGCACCCCCGUCAAGUCGUCGGGCGAGCCUCGCCGCAAGCCAGGGCCCUCGUGGCGAUGCGUGGAGUGGUGUUCCUCGUGCUGCUGGCGUGCAACGCGGAGAGUUUGGGGCUCCCCAGCCGAAGCGUGAGGACCGGAUAGUUGAGGAGGGAGACGGCGAGGGGGACAGGUUGGAUGCCAAGAAUGCUGCUAGUAGACUCGCAGGUAGUACCUUCUAGUCAAAAGUGGGGUUUGGCGAUGAUGGGGCGGCGAGAUGGUGAGUGAUGGACAGUGGAGUGGGUAAAUGAAUGGUCUGUGUAUGUGGCUCCGUGUUUCUGGGCAUCGUAAGUAAGCAAGCAGCCUGUGCGUGAAUACUUGUAGUCUUCCUGUUUCCUGUUUCUGUUUCCUUUCUGCGCGUUUUUUGUUAUUUUUCGGGGUGGCUCUACGGUGGAUGAAUGAAGUGU